GCUCAAAUAUAGACAUUCUCUCGUCUCCCCAAAAUCCAGAAAUAGGCCUCAUUGUCAUGAUAAUCAUGGAAUGACGCAUCGAUAAUCGAUGACAGAUGAGAUUCAUCAUGGCCGCUACAGAUGUACAUUUAAAACCAGUAUUCUUACUUAGCAGCUUCAUCGUAUACAUUUUAGUACCGAUUCAAGUCUGUGGUGACAUGCGCUUCACAAAUGACAAGCCAAAAGAUUCUAUCAGAGCUUCUCUAGGUGAUAACGUGCCUUUACGCUGGAGCUUUACAUAUAACGAUGAUGGAAAAAAUUCAGCUGGCCCAUGGCGUGCUCGGGGAGUGGACGAAAUCAUCUUUGGCCAGUGGAAAUCUACAUAUGGUGAAAUCCUUUUUUUCGAGAAAAUUGUAGCAGUUGACAAUGGUGGUAAUUUCACCGUGCGAGAUGGAAAUAAAGAUAAAAUAGACUGGAGCUUCUCAAAAUACCAAUUAACAUUCACAAUAAAAAACAUGGCUCUUAAGGAUCAAGCAAAAUAUGGAGUGCAUGUUGAGCUUGGCUUAGAUCAGAGCCCCUUGGAGCAUUUUGUCAAUGUUGAAGUUGUGGGUAAACAAAUCAGCAAAGAUCAAAGCACAAAUGUCCGAAAUGUUUCAGCCUAUACAUCCGAAACUGUCGACAUCUUGUUUACACGAUCAAAGGAUGACUCCUCGAAAAAUUUCCGCAAGUAUGAAAUCUUGAAAAACGACUCCCUCAUCACUCUUGGAAAAGAAAAAGACGGAAAGAAUAAAUUCUUUUGUAAAGAUAACACUAGUCACACAGCUACCUGCAAGGAGCGUUUCUCUUUUCGCUAUGUGAACAGCAGCUACGUGUCCUUCCAAAUUAGAAAUGUAACGUCUCAAGACGCAGGUCUAUACUUCUGUCAAACGUAUUUCAGGGGGGUUAACAAAGAGAAUGACCCACAAUACGAACAUGUCAAUUUGAUUGUACAAGGUCACGCUGCAGUUCCCACUACUUCAGCUUUCACCACUACAAGUGAUCAUUCUGUUUCCCCUACUUCAGCUUCCAUGGCUACAAGUGAUCAUUCUGGCCUUCAACCUUGUUUUAUUAUGCUGGCAACGAUAACUGCUCUACAAGCCCAGUGCCAUUAGGGAAUGUCACCUGGGGAAGCUCCAACAAUCAUAGUGAUAAUAAUUGUAAUAAUAACAUAAAUAUUACAGAUAUCAACUAUUAAUCUUUUUCGUUACUUAAGGUGAAACUUUUCGCUGAUGAUUGUGCAAAACAAAAACGUGGAGAGAAGCCAUCUUAAUUUUCUUAACUUUAACAUGUAAACCUGAGUUAUUAACCUGUAAAUAGUUAUUGGUCAGUGCACGACUACAAGCUGAGUUGGCGUAGAGAAAAAUGGCAAAAGUCCACUGUUGUUACAGAUACUUUUUUUCCGAAUUCCAGCUCAUGGCAUGGGUGUUAGGGAUAGGUUUAUAUCAAAAACCCCGUUUACAGCCGGGCUCUCCUCCUUUUAUUUCUUUCCGCCUCUAAAGCCGUUUUUUUUCCUUCCCGCUUUCUCGUUCGUCUCUUCUGACCACGAGCCUGAUGUAGAAUAAUGUCCAAGAGUACUCUUAAAUAUCUCGUCACGUGCCUUGUUGUGCUUAGUCAGGCUAAUACUGACUUAUGAAUAGGAUAUGAUGUAAUCAUAUAGAAUGUUCUAGACUGUUCCGCAUGUCUAAAAAGUUUGAGCCCCGGUUAUUGUUAUUAACCGAUAAGCUGACAAUAAA